AUGUCCAACGUCGCCGAAACGGCCCAUUCGGCACUACUCCCCCAGGGAGCUGCCUAUGGCCUAUUGAUUGGGCUCAGCAUAUUAUUCUGCGGUAUCAUUCUCUUAUCUGUGAAGAUUCAGAAAGAUUACCUCGCUGAAGACUCGGGGGAAAGUGAAAUGUUCAUGGUCGCCAAUCGAUCCGUGGGGACAGGACUUACUGCCUCAGCAGUGACAAGUAGCUGGAUAUGGCUGAAUGAGAGCGUUCUAGCCGCUGCAAUGUGCUACAAUUAUGGAAUAGCCCUGCCUGUGUGGUGGGGAUCUGGUCUUUGUUUCCAGGUAGCUCUUAUGGCUGUUCUCGGUGUGAUCGCUAAGAUAAGAGUGCCUUUUGCACAUACGAGUCUAGAGAUUGUUCGCCAGCGGUACAGAAACGUCGGGCAUGUGGUCUACAUUGUACUCAAUCUCGUGAACAAUGUGUUCGGAUGCGCCUCGAUGAUAAUGGUAGGGUCACAAUUGAUUCAUGGCGUCUCGGGGAUGCAUUUUGUUGCAGCUACCGUUCUCAUCCCAUUGGAAGUCGUUCUGUAUACUGCUGUUGGCGGCCUGAAAGCAACAUUCCUCACUGAUUUCCUGCAUACGACAGUUGUAUUGAUCCUCAUCAUUUACUUCACAAUCACAGUAUUGGUCCACCCGGAAGUCGGGGGACUCUACGGGCUAUAUGACAAAUUGGUCGCCACGGCUAGCGAGAACUAUAUCCCGGGAAACUACGAAGGCAGUGUCCUCACAUUCAAGUCCAAGGGAGCAAUUAUCUGGGGACUGGUUCUCAAAUUCGGAAAUCUGGCAUUGGUCGUCAUGGAUACGGCGUUCUGGCAAAAGUCAUUCGCGACGGAGGUGAAAGCCACUGUGCCUGGGUAUAACAUCGCAGCGAUUGCAGUAUUUGGUGUACCUUGGGGCAUAGGAACAGUGAUAGGCUUGACUGCGAGAGCUCUGCAUAACACGCCCAUUUUCCCUGUUCAUUCCCUGACACAAACUGAAAUUAAUCUGGGAAUGGUGAUGCCCUAUACCUUAAAGGCCCUGAUCGGAGAUCGAGGACCCAUCGCGUUCUUCUUCCUGGUGUUCAUGACUUUGACCAGCACGAUCUCCUCGUCGAUGAUUGCGGUCAGCAGUAUCCUGAGCUAUGAUAUCUACAAGACGUACCUCAAUCCCCGCGUGGGCGACAAAGGCCUCGUUCGUGUCAGCCAUAUCAGCGUUAUACUCCACGGGGUUUUCAUCACGGUGAUUGCGAUCAUUCUGCAAUACGGGGGUGCGAAUAUGACGUGGAUCAACUAUCUACGGCCCAUCAUAUCCUGCCCUGGGAUUAUCCCUCUGGUGCUGACCCUUUUUUGGUCUCGCCAGACUCGCUUGGCAGCGAUCCUUUCGCCGAUUCUCGGAUUCUUCUCAGGUCUUGCCGUUUGGCUGGCUACGACCAAGUCCAUGUAUGGCUCAAUAUCGAUUACCACCACGAGCAACGAAUACCCGGCUCUGGAAUUUUUGCGGAUAGAGCUAGCUGAUGAGCAGCAACUCCAUGGACAUGUCUCUAGCUCCACCACCCCCGGGGAGUUGGUGCCCUCUGCCGAGUGGGGAGACCCCGAAAGCACCAAAGGCCUGGCUGAAAAGGGCCUGCAAGCGGAGGUUUCGUCAUUACCAGCCCGACCGAUGUCCCUGGAUGACAUCCAGCAUCCAUUCGACGAAGCGACUCUCAAGGAGCUCCAUAGGUGGCUCAAGAUUGCGGUGGUCACCUUCAUUGUCCUUGUCCUGGUGACAUUCAUCCUUUGGCCAAUGCCUUUGUAUCGAGACUAUAUCUUCAGCAAGUCAUUCUUUUCUGGGUGGGUUACGGUCGCGAUUAUAUACCAGUUUCUCGCAUUUUUCGCCGUGGUGGUCUUCCCUCUCUAUGAUGGACGGCAUGAAAUUGCUCGAGGGGCCACUGGGGCGUGGAACUCUUUGAUGGGGUAUUUUGGCCGCAAGAGCUCUUGA